GGCACCAGCAGUCCUAACUCACAAAGAAGCGACACGCUGGCCAUCAGAGACAAAAUACAAGUACGAGUACGUCCCUGGGGCCCCGAGUAUGUGAAGCGUCAAAUGCAAAUGCUCGCCGGCCAGAAGCUAGCCAGUUUUCAGCUGACAUGCACGCUCUUUUAUAUGGAAGCGGCCGGCCUUUACGAAAAUAUCAAGUCAUGGGCGGCAGUGCGCCAUCCGCCGCCCCCGCCCCUCGCGCGGCGAAAUCACUGACGUGUUGCCUUCCGUGGCCUCCCACAUUAAGCCGCCUGUCCGCCCGCGGUCAUGCGCACCACGUUCAUCGACACACCGAAGAUUCUGAGCAUGAGACCACGAAGCUCGCCAUGUCUGGCACCAGAAGACUCAGCUUUAGACCCCUGAAACAAGGUUCCCGGAGAGCCUCGACGUUCAAGAGGACACCGGGCUACGAUGUCAUGGAAGUGAUACCAGCGUACCGGCUUGACUGGAGAGAUCUCGAGCACCUGCUGAACCAGUGGGAUCCCCACGUCAGGUUCGCAAAGAAGAUGACUGUCGAAGGUGACAAGUACGUCGUUUAUCUCAAGUCGAAGCUGGGAUCGGUAGGUCAUGGUGAUCUCAUCUCCUCGAACCAUCCAUUCUGACACCAAAUGUAGCAACAAAUGGAGCAGAUCAACAGGUUAAGGGACGGCGAUAUAUUUAACAGGGAAACGACACCAGAGAGCUGAUUUUCUUUCUAACAUUCUGUACAUGGAGAUUUUGGCGUUUGGUGGGCAAGGAAGGCGUCGAAAGGACAGACUAGAUCCACGGGACAUUUGGGCACAUCCGGAAGGCUGGCCGGAACCAGUACCCGGAUGAUUACAGCAUGGUCGCUAUGCAGUUGGUUGAACAGCACACACUUGCAUACAUAUUAUACCCAGGCGCAUGCAUAGAUG